CUCGAUCACUUGCUCGUUUGUACAAUCGUACAGGUUUGAGAGGAUCAAUAGUAGUGGACUGACCUGUGUGGUAUCGGUUGUUGUUUUACUUUUGUUUUAAAAGACUUUAAUAUUUAUCAUUUAUAAAUUGAAAAGUCAACACAGGCAAUAACAUUCCCGAGAUGUCACGUGAUAGCGGUGCAUACCAGGAACAACGUUCAUUUAUCAUCAUUAUUGUUUUUGACAUUUCAACUUAUGGCCUUAACUAGUUUCUGGUGGCCAGCGAUGAACCAAUCGUGCUCUCCUUGUGGACUUCCUGUCAUCGUCACACUUCGCGUUGGUUUCUGAAAAGGAACAGGUGUAUCUUUUCUGUGGACUAAAUGGUCUCUGGAGAAUCAAAGUCUUAUUUCGGAGCAUCUCGUCUUUUGGACAGCAUUCAGUUUAUUUUCCUUUGAACCAGAUGGAGAAAUGUACAAUUAGAUCUAGAAAUAGACAGGUCUAGCAACUUGUGAUAUUCAAGUAACUGGAGUCUGUUCUCUAGGAUACGUGACCUCUCAUGACAUGAACGUGACCCACACGUUGCUGUAUGCUGCAGACGACAAUGCUACCCAACUCUACCCUGCCCUCAAAUGGCCCCUGUACAUUGUCUUCACCUUAAACGUGACCUACGGCCUCAUCUUCUUGUGCGCCCUUGUAGGGAACAUCAUGGUGCUGGUGGUGGUGGCCACUACGCCCUGUAUGCACACCGUCACCAACUUCUUCAUUGCCAACCUGGCAGUGGUGGAUAUUCUGGCGGCCAUAUUCUGUAUCCCAGCAACCUUAAUAGAUAAUAUAUUUACAGAGUGGCAGCUGGGCGCAUUGUUGUGCAAAGUUACACCUUACAUUCAAGGAGUGUGUGUCAACGCCACAGCCUAUGUAUUGGUAGCUAUCGCUGUAGACAGGUUUUUGGCCAUAUGUCUAAAUAAAGACAUGCACAUCAUGAAAAGAAGUGCUAUUAUUAUCAUCUGUCUUAUCUGGAUACUCUCGUUCAUCCUGUUGGCUCCCUGGGCGGUGUACUAUGAACAGUACGCGACCAACUCCACCAACUUCACCCACUCCACCAACCAGUCCAUCUUGCUGUGUUCACCUUUGUGGAGCGAUUACGGCCUGCAGACGACAUUCUUCAUUGUGGUGCUCCUCGUGGGCACCUACCUGAUUCCUCUCACAGUCAUUUUUAUAUGCUACGCCCUCAUCGCCCGGCGGGUGUGGUACCGGCGAGCCCCUGGGGUGGUGGGCGGCACCGACGUGAUCCAGCGCUGCAAAGUCAACGUCCUUAAGAUGCUGGCCACGGUGGUGCUGAUGUUCGCCCUGUCAUGGCUGCCCCUCUACGUCAUCUACAUCCUGAUGUACUUUUUCUACCCCAUCAUCUCACUGGAGGCGAUCAGGUGGGUCACACCCGUGGCCCAGUGGCUGGGGCUUAGCAACUUUGGAAUCAACGCCUUCAUCUACAGCUUCUUUUCACAGAAAUUUCGUAGAGGCUUCUUCCGUUUGUGGCUGUGCAUGACCUGGAGAAGAACUCCACAGCGAGGAAGUCUAUCAACCAGACGAGUGACAAGGACUGUCUCAGUGGACUCCUCAAGUCUGGCCAGGUACUCUUUCUUGACCAAAAUAAAAAGCCAGGUCAGCAACGGGCAGCUUAAAAAAAACAAUUCCCGUACACAAAUGACGCACUUAAAAUCUCGCAAGAAAAGAGAUUUAUCUUGUACUUCCUCUUUGUCCUCUGAGAAAGAUCAGACCUUUGUUUGAAAGCUCACAACCGCCAUCCAUCUUACGAAACUUAUAAAAAGGUCAUGGACCACUAUGUCUCAAUAAGCUUUAAUGAACAUGGUGACUUGCGCGGAGGAUAUAUUCGUCAAUGUAUUAGGUAUCAAGGCAAAGAGUCAUGAUAAAGAGCUACAUCGCGUGACGAGACCAGUGACAGGCGGGAUACAUUCUCACUCUAGAUCUAUAACAAUAAGGCUCCUCUUCGAGUCCGACGAUUAAAGAGGAAUGCAGUAUUUCCCGUGUAUACGCAGAUCUAGUGUCUGUAAUAACAGAAUGACUGUGUCUUGUUGGACUAGCUGAAAGGAUCAAGGCGCUCUAGUUUCAGUGAGAACUACUUCCUUGAUUAGCACACUCAAGAUGAUUGGACUACUGUGCAUUGUUUGUGUUUGGUUAUGUUCCUACACUUGUUGCAUGCUACAUGAGGCCUAGACUGUUCCUACACUUGUUGCAUGCUACAUUAGGCCUAGACUGUUCCUACACUUGUUGCAUGCUACAUGAGGCCUAGACUGUUCCUACACUUGUUGCAUGCUACAUGAGGCCUAGACUGUUCCUACACUUGUUGCAUGCUACAUUAGGCCUAGACUGUAAAUACUGUGUCAUAAAAGAAAGCGGAUGCUUUUGAACAUUUUUAAUCUGGUGAUAAUGGCUUGACCCAGUGGGGGCAUGCGCAGUCUAAAUGCUCACACUUCCUAUAUCAAAGGGCCAAUACUCUCAUUGUUUCUCCUCCCCCCCUCCCAAGCAAGUUUCCCUCCUACCCCUUCGAACUGGGCACCGCUAGUGUCCUCCCCCCCCCACACCAAUAUCAUUUUAUUUCAUUUGUUUUAUGUAUAACUAUGGUUGACUUCUCUGUUAUUGUGUAUGUUCCCCCCCAAGUUUUGUUAUCGUGUUCUAUAAAGAAUUCCAAGAGGACAAAAAAAGUGCUUUCAUAUGUUCUGAUCAGAAAACUCGGCAAGGAUUUCAACAAUGUAUUUAAGGCUUGGACUCCGAUGGAGAUAUAUAUAAAUACAAUGCUAUAUUUUCAACAUGAUUUCCAAGCUAAAGUGUGUUGUUGAAUAAUGAAUGUCACAUGCCUUAGUUUUAAAAAAAAUGAAAGAAAGGCAGAAAAAAAAAGAACCAAAUU